UUGUCCACCAUCUCAUUCCCUCGAUCGCCCGCCCCUGCAGCUUCUCCCGUCGUUUCUCCAUUGUUGGCUUCCGGUGGAAGUUAACCAUGAAAUUGGCUCCCAAGGUGAUCUUUCUUGUCCGAGACCCUGACGGCUUCGGCCCCGCCAUCGCCGAUGCCCUCCUCCCGAGCUCUGAGUCCAAGUUUACGAGAGAAACUUCUUCGUUCGAACUCUCACUGGAGAAGUACGGCAUUGGCGACCGCAAAGCGUCGGGUGAUCUGAUCGAGUUUGUAGACCCCCAUGGAUCGCCUCAGGUGUCCAUCUUGCUCCUACCUAAUUAUGGACCUCCUAUUGCUGCAUGUGCUGUCAAAGAAGUUUUGGCACUUAUUUCUUCAGAGGAAAGUUCCAAUCAUACUACUAUAAUCCUUCCAUAUGUCAUGAAGGCUCUGAUGGUUAAUCAAGAACUGGCGAAUCCAGCAUCAUCUGAGCGGAAAGUGAUGCUGUAUGGAGCUGAAAUAGGGGGCACAACUGAUAUCAUUCAGUCCAUGAUUGCUGAAACUGCCACCCCUCCAUUAUUGCAAAUUCAUUGCGAAUCUUUGGCUUGCUUGCUUCAGAUGGUUCGUGUCUUAAAUCUGCCUACAGUGCUUAUUGCAUCGCAUGCUCCAGACCAAAGUAAAAGAUCUGCUGGUCAGGAAUUUGAGGCAUGGUAUGAGGUAGGGCAUUUCUUGGCCAACCAUAUGGGUCUUUGCUUCUCCAAAGAAAGACUCCAACAGAAAGGGAUUGAGAAACCGAGGAGUGUUCAAGAACCAUGGCGUGCAUUAUAUGGAUAAGCUUACAGGCAACUGUGAAUCAUAUACUAAAAUGCGGAUUUCUAGGCUCAUCAUUUGAAGAAAAAUUCUUGAAAGGGUUUUGCGGACCAGAAUGUGAGCGUAUAUGGAAUUAUGCUGAAGAAAUAGACAGCAGCUUAGUUGAUCAAUGCAUAUUUUUUGUCACUAAACUGAUAGUACUCAUUUUCACGGAAUUGUUUGUCUUGUGAUGGAACAGUCAUCAGCAUAGUUUUGGGCUUCGAUGUUACAGCAGUAUGUUUUGAGCCUGUUUGGAUUUUGAAAUUUUUUUUGUUUAACAUCUUGUAUGGUUAUUUGAAAAUGAUGAAAAGAGCACAGAUAUUGAACUCAGAAAAGCUACGUAACUGAAACAUAAAUCCCUCAUUAGGCUUCUCA